CUCCGUGCUGUCUAAGACCGAUCACCGUCAUUCAUCGAGAAGCUAUAACUAUCUUGGAUUGGGUGCAAUCCACGCCGCUUCCUUCGUCCCCAACAGGUCUGCGACGACUGCAACCUCGACUCACAUUCCACCUCGUGCAUUCAGGAUGAGUUCUCUCGAGCUUCCCACUAUACAGCGGCUCAACUCUCAGGUCAUACCCGAUCUUUCAGCCUUGGACGUCUCUCGAGAAUGGCUGAAGCAGUUUGCUUCAGCUGUCGAGUAUGACACGGCUAGCAUUCAGGAGCUCUUUCUGGAAGACGGCUUUUGGCGUGAUCAACUCGCGCUCUCUUGGGACUUCCGGACUACACAAGGCUCGCAAAUAACUCAAUAUCUCCAGGACCGCCUGAGAUCCUCGAAAUUUCGCGUUGGCGCACUGUUAGAGGAUAAGCAUCGCGUCCCGGCCUUGACCAAGCCGUUCCCGGAUCUUGUUUUCUUGCAGUUCUCAUUCACGUUUGAGAAUGCGGUCGGAACGGGUACCGGGACUUGUCGCCUCGUGAACUCAGAGGGUGUCUGGAAGGCGUACACGGUGUACACUGCCCUGGAGGCGCUCAAGGGAUUCCCUGAGAAGGUAGGCGCAUUGCGCAACGCGACCAUCGAAAAUGGCGACUGGGUCAAGAAGCGCGCGGAUGAGACCGAGUUCAACGACGAGAGUCCAGUCGCCCUGAUAGUGGGCGCUGGUCAUACAGGGCUCGCUCUGGGUGCAAGAUUGAAGGCUCUGGGUGUUCGAGCUCUGCUCGUCGAGCAGAAGCCGAGCGUUGGCGAUAACUGGCGCGAUCGAUACAAGACACUGUCCACGCACGAUCCUCUUUGGUACAACAGAAUGCCAUAUCUCAAUUAUCCCUCGACAUGGCCCAUAUAUGCUCCAGCCGCAAAGUUGGGCAACUGGUUAGAAAGCUUCGCUACCUCGCUGGAACUGGACGUUUGGACGUCUUCCAAAGUUGAGCAUGCUCGAUGGGACGAGUCGACGAAACAAUGGAUUGUCGACAUCCGUCGAAACGGAGGCACGAGGGCAGUCCAAGUCAAGCACCUCGUCUUCGCCACCGGCAUCGGUGGCGGCGUCCCGAAUAUGCCUACUGUACCCGAUCAGAACGUUUUUAAGGGAGAGGUUCUGCAUUCUUCCCAUUUCCAUAGUGUUGAGGACUACCCUGGAAAGAAGGUAAUAGUCGUCGGUGCUGGGUGCUCGGGGCACGACAUCGCGCAUGACUUCGCAAAUCACAAUGCCAACGUGACGAUGUUCCAGCGAUCUGCAACUGUCGUCAUUGCAGCCAGCACAUUCAACUCCGGUCUUUCACGCCUUUACAAUGAGGAGAUCCCGACUGAGAUUGCGGACCACCUCAGCGCAUCACUUCCGCUCCUCGUCAGCAUGCAGUACCAACGUCGCAUCUUCCCAUAUCUCGCAGCGACGGUAGAGAAAGCGAAGCUAGACGGAUUGGAGAAGGCUGGCUUCAAGACAUCUCUCGGUCCAGGAAACGGAGGGCUGCUUCCUCUCAUCUAUGAACGUGCUGGUGGUUACUACCUUGAUACGGGAGCGUCGCAGCACAUCAUCGACGGGAAGAUCAAGGUUAAGAGUGGUGGCUCAAUUGAGCGCUUCGCCGAGAACGGACUGCGCUUCUCGGAUGGUUCAGUGUUGGAGGCGGACAUUGUUAUUUACGCCACAGGGUUCGGUGAUUCUCGAGAUGUUGUCAAGGAUAUCUGCGGAUUAGAUGUGCAUGCGAAACUCGUGCCUACGUGGGGCACAACCAGCGAAGGCGAAAUUAACUCAGUCUGGAGAGAAAGCGGUCAAGAGCGCCUCUGGUUUGCCACUGGCAAUCUCGCGAUCUCGCGCUACGCUAGCACUUUCCUCGCACUUAGAAUCAAGGCUGACGAGGAGGGGCUUGUAUAGUAGCUCUCA